AUGUCCAUAAAGAAUUCUUCGAAUUCUUCGACUUCUCCGGCAAAAUGUAAAUUAAAUUGUCUAUCAAAUCCAUCUUCUCAGACAGAAUUUAAUGGUUCGUUAAUUUGGUGGCCUCCAACCUCUCCACUUGGCACGUCUCUAAUAGUAUACAUUCAAUGUGAUGGAAAUAGUACACGAAACAUCAUUAAUGCACAAGGAAGUAAUAAUACUAUUGCUAUAGUAUUAAAUUAUAAUGGUAAACCUUGUACACCUCAAUCUACUUCAAGUGAUAUUAUAAUCCCUUUAUUUAAUGAAGUAAGCAAUGACUGUCAUUCUAAUAAAAGCGAUACAAAUAUGAUUUUCUUUGGUCUCGAUGCAACUAUACAGAUUAAUAAUCCUUCAAACAAUGGAUCUACACCUGUUUCCUCUGAUAAUACGGUCAAAGGUUAUCAGACUGCUAUGGUUAUAUUAUAUACUGUGUCUGGCAUUCUUUUAGGCUUAUUUUUUAUUGUGGUAUUCAUAAAUGUAAUAAGGAGCAGGCUUCGGCCUCCUACCGAUGUUCAAGAUCAAGAUGAUAGCAAUCCAAAAAAUGGUAUAGCUAAAGCUGUAUUAGAGAGCUUUCCUGUUUAUUUCUUUACUACACGAAAUAAACCUGAUCCUAAAGAUACCGAAAAAGGAAAAAAUGUUGACUCAGAUUCGGAUUCCGUAAUAAAAAUUGAAAUGUCUGAACCUAAUGAGAAUACUGAUAAUAGAAGAAGACUAUAUCCAAUAGAUGAGGAUAAUGAUUAUAUCAUCCCUGGAGUUUUUAUAGGACACAAUAAUAAUUCUUCAGUUUCAUUUACAGAAAUUUCUUCAACCAUAACUGAGGAACAAUUGACUUGUCCAAUUUGUUUGGGUGAUUUUGAAUCUGGUGAAGAAUUGAGAAUUUUGCCAUGUCAUCAUCAAUAUCAUACAACAUGUAUUGAUCCAUGGCUUCUUGAUAUUUCUCCAAUGUGCCCGAUGUGCAAGGCUGAUUAUACUUCUUGGAAUAUUAAUUCUAUAUCAACUAUAAAUGAUAUUGCUUCUAGAUCAUCAACAUCAAUAGGUUCUGUUGCUUCAACACAUGCUUUUCCACAUUUCCGAUGGGCGAAAUAUCUAAAAGCUAUUCGUCGUGCUGGUGAGCGACGAAGACGUGGUAGACAAUUACAGACAAGACUUUCUGUCGGUGACGUAUUAGCCUCACCACAACCACAACCAGUUCAAAAUAUUAGUAGAAAUAAUUUACCGAUCGAUAAUAGUGAAGAAUCUAGAAUAAGGCGUUGGACAUUUGCUGGUGGUUAA